GGUGUAAACAACUUUCCAGCCUGCCGGUCUGGGCGAGCAGAGGGAGGAGGCGAGAUGGGUCCAAAAAAGAAAAAGUCAGCUGGUGGUAAAAAGAAGCUUAGCAAAGCUGAAAAGAUGAGGCUGCUGAGAGAGGAAGAGGAGAGAAGACUUCUGGAGGAAGAGCAGGCCCGAAUACGUGCCGAGCUAGAGGAAGCUGCGCGACUUGAGAAGGAAAGGAUUGAACGAGAGAAGACGGAACGACUGGAGGCCAAGGAUCAAGAACGCAGAGGGAUUGAACUUUCUGAAAUGAGUGUUCUGGAAGAAAACUUUCUGACUGCGGCCCAGUGGAAGUCAAACUACAGAGCUCUUGCUCAGUGGAACCACUACACAGGCUGCGAUGGGAGCCCAGACCCAACCAUCCCCCAGGAUAUCAAUACUUUCAUGAGCUUGUGGAAAGAAGACCCAAAUAACGACAUCCAGGUUGUUAUUGCAAAGGGCAACAAGGUGCUGGAACUAAUCGAGAAGUUGGAAUUUUUCAUCAUGGACACGCCUUUCCACGAGCUCUCUGUGAAGCAUGUCACGCAGUACACGGAAACCAUCCAACAACUGCAGUCUCUCCUUCACGACAAAUACAACGCAGCCACGGAACAAAUGCUGAGGGAAGCCAGCAGCUAUGCAGAAUCCGAAAGCGGGAACAUGGAGGUUGUCAUUAAGGAGCAGAACGUGACGUUGUGCAUUUGGGCAAAUCUCAAGAAAGUUCCAAAGUUCCGCAACCAGAUCUUUUACGACGAAGAGAGGGAGCCGUGGAACGGGUUUGAGCUCCCGAAGGCGCUGGCCAUUUGCGAUGUGGCGGUGCGCAUCUUGCACACCCAUUACGACCAUUUGUCCCCUUUCCGGACUUUCCCCAGCGAGCCCCCAAAGCUGGAGAUGCCCCCGAUCAAAACGGUGAAAUCCGUGAGUAGCGUGGCCAAGAAAGGGAAAAAGGGCCGUAAGCUUGUAGGAGAAGUUAGUCAGGAAAGCAAGACAGAACAUCUAAAGGUAAGGGUUGGCAGUGCCUUGCGUACCGGUAGUUCCUGCAGCUCAGAAGUGAAGAGCAUCAGCGAAGAGGAGGGGAGUGCGGAAAAGGUUUUUGACAAGAGAUCCAGCAUCUUGAAAUCUGUUUCCAGAGUUCACAUCUCAUCCCUGCGGAUUAUUGGCAUCAGCGAAUGCGAACCUUUGGAAGAGCACGUCGUGGAUUUGAACCAGUUCAUCCCGGUGGGCGGCGUUUACCAUUUCGAUGCCCUGAAGCUCCCGCCUCAAGCCAAACUCGUCAAAGGCUGGACCAUGGUGGAAGUGCUGGAUACAGGCUUGGAGGUCUACCCCUACGAGGCAACAUGCGACGAAAACGAGGAUCCUUCUUCCGUGACUGUAGGGCUCACAGUCCGACUGCUGGACAGCGUCAUCUAUUUUGAAGAGCCUCUGAUUGCGAGAUGGGAUUCCAAAGCGAAAUACUGGAGGACGGACGACAUCGGGGAUGUGGUCUACAACAUGCAAGAGAAAGAGAUCGCUUUCAAAAUGAACGGCUUCUUCACCGUAACACUGAUGCAGGAUGCUCACCUCAACAUGCCGUACCAGUCAUGGGAACUCCGGCCCAAUGGGGCUGACGAAGCCUUCCUCACCAUCCUCACCACCUUUGCUGAGGUGCAGAUUCAAAUCAAGCUCAACCAGUGUAUGUUAGCUGGCAUCACCACCAUGGAAGACGUCACUCUUCUCAGUGAGCUGAGAGGGGUGUGGAUGAGCCCCCUAGCUCUCACCAUUGCUCUGAAGAGGGCUGGAAUGAACAUCUUCCCGGCGGAAUACUCUCCUAAGUACGUCUCCGUCAACAAAAAGACACUUUUAGCAGAAAUCACCAGUUACCAGCAAAUGGCACUCAUCGCGUGUUCCUUUGCCUUCAGCUGGAGCAAAUGGAACUUGCUGAGCGGAGAGGAAAAUGUGGUCUUCAAGAUCUGUGAACACCUUACAAAAGAGCCAGUAUGGGAUAAAGGAUGGGCCCUCGUGAUGUUCAACGGGCAGAGAGCUCAGAGGCUCCAGCUCACCGAGGACAGCGACAACUUCUCAAAGAAUAUAGCAGAGGACACGGAAUUCCACUCCACCCUUUACCACCUGAUCAAAGACUUUGGCAGCGAAGAAGCAAUGGAGAGAAUUAGGCAGGCCCACCACCUUUUCAUUGACGUCGUUUACCAGCUGCUGCUUUCUACCAAGUUACUAACGUACUCUUGAGAAGCCACGCACCGCUUAAGAACUUUAUUGAG